CCUCAGCCGACGCGUAGCUUUUUGUUCCUCCAUCAUCUCAUCACCAACAUUCGUUAAUUCUUUUUCGUCCUUCUUCAACUACAAUCGCUUUUUUUAAUUAAGAAUAACUUUUUACACACAACCGUCAUCAUGUCUUCCACCACUCUCAGCACCGCCAGCGCCGUCCCCACGGCCUGCACAAACCUCUAUGACACCCCCAACCAGGACAACACCUGCGCCAUGCCCUUCAAGGACAACCACACCGAGAUCAUGCAGAAGUGCUGCGGUGACGCAAAGAUCGUGAGCUACUACAACGGCUGCGGUCUCUACUGCGUCGCCCUCGACCAGACCAUCGGCGAGCUCGCAAAGUGCCUCUUCUCCAACGGCGCCCCCGACGCCGAUGUCUUUUGCAGCGGUAGCAAGAAGACCACAAAGACAAAGGACGCCGACGUCCCCGCUACCGCUCAGGCUAGCGUCAUCUCCGGCGACGAUGAUAAGGACGAUGAUGACAAGAGCUCUACGGGUACUGCUUCUGGUACUUCUACUAGCACUGGUACUAGCUCUGCUAGCUCUGAGACUUCUACCGAGAGCGGAAACGCUGCUGCUGGUUUCUCUCCCAAGUCUAGCAUCAACACUCUUGGUCUUGCCAUUGGUGCUCUGCUCUUCUCAUCCAUGGCUGCUGGUGCUUUCCAGCUGUAAGCAAGCUAUGGUGUUUGCUCGGUCAUUCUAUGUCGAUAAUUUGGAACGGUUCAAAUAAUGUUUGCGUGCAUCUUGCAUUUGGGCGGUGCGUAAAAUAUUGCUGGAUAUCAUAAUUGGUUUAUGUGUUUUGGAAAAUGGAAAUGUAUACUUAAUUGGCAGUCUAUCUCUUGAUAUACAAAUUGCUCCCCCA